AUGAGAGAGGACGUGAACACAGUGCCUGUCAUCAACAACCUACCGGCGGUCAUACAGAAGAACGAGGACACUUCCACUAACAGGAACUUACUUAUCCUUGACCUUGAUGACACAGGGUCAGGAGCUGUCAGAGUGACCUUCACCGUUAACCCGCCAGAAUACACUGAUAUGUUCUACAUUCACAACAAAAACACGCUAAAAUUGACGACGAGUUUUAACUAUGAAGAAUGCAGCUACUUUGCAAUACAGUUUUACGCCAGUGACGAUGAAGUGACGUCAGAGGCGUAUCUUCUCACAAUUACCGUCAUUGACGUCAAUGAGCGUUGCUACUUCACGCCGGAAGUUUACUACGUAUACAUGUACGAAGGAAAUAGUGGCACUGGUAACGUUGCUCCAGGAUUUAGCGUUGACGAUGAAGACGUCGGUGAUACGUAUACCAUAUCUAUUGAUCAGACGUAUUCAACCGAAAGCACGUAUUUUGCCUACGACGCAACGACCGGGAUGAUAAGCCUUGCGUUGAACUAUGACGUUGACGCAAACGUUCACUCUACGAACGUUACGUUAAUAUUCGUCUGUACAGAUAACUAUGGGUUGACAGGUACGGCCACCGUCAGCGUUACCGUAAAAGACGUCAACGACAAUGUGCCGACGUUUGGAAACGUUGCCUACCUGACGGAAAUCAACCAGUAUGACGGCCCUUCCACCACUGUUGUGCAAACAGGGAGCUACGUCACGGACCUAGAUUCAGGGGACAACGGAAUAUUUGAGCUCACGUGGACGGAAGUGACGAUUGGUUCAGCGAACCAUUUCCUGUUCACACCAACCGGCGGUGUGAUCCUAAAGGAGGUAUAUUUAACAUCAACGACGACGGUUGCAGUGACGUCAACGACGGAAGAAACGUCAUUUUGGUCGAAAGCGGAGAACAUCGGCUUGGUGGCUGCUUGUGGGGGCCUUGGUGUGGCGUUGGCGUCCAUAGCCACUGUCUUAGCUGUUCGAAUAUGUAAAGGAAAAAUAAAACCGAAUCCUAAAUCGGAGUCAUUUGACUUCUGGAGUUCAAAGCCAAACGAGAUUGGGAAAGUUGCGCACAAGGGAAUGCCUUCACCAAAUGUGUAA